GAGGACGCCAAGGAGAAGGAGGAGGAGAAGCGCAUGAUCACCUGCGCAGACGGCAAGUCCAAAUGUCCGGCAGGCGCCCUCUGUUGUCCGUCGAAAACGCCCACGGGGGACUCCUUCGCCUGCUGCCCCUUCGCUGACGUAAGUGCCGUCCUGCCGGCUACAGCACUAGUAAUAAUUUUGGUACUAAUAAUAGCAGCGCUGUGA